UUAAAUUCACGUGUGUACCUUCUCACUGUUAGGUUAGGUUCUUACCGCGCCUAACCUUUCAAACGCAAUGUGUACAAACUAAAGUGAAAAUGAUUGAAAGGCAUUUAGAUUUGAUACGCGACAGAGAUUGUAGACAGGGUGACAUCUCGACUUAAGACAACAAGACAUUUUCAACUGAUGUUGAAAGAAAAACAAAAGUAUUACUUCUCUCCUCUUUAAAUUAUUCAUAAGAUGAAACAAGCUAAAAGCUGUUACUUGAAAAGUAAUGAUAAAACACUGAAAACAGUAUAUCUGCCGCAUCAGGAGCCAAUCAUUGUGGGACGUAACCCAGAUACAAAUAUUACGGAUACACAGUGUCCCAGACAGCAAGUAAGAUUAUGCGCUGAUUAUGAAGAGCAUAAAGUUACCAUUCAACAGAUUGGAAAAAGAUCCUGUGGUUUUAAUGGCUUUAAAACAAGAAAAGACAUUAAAUUUAUAGGCACUCAUAAUGAUUGCUUAGAAAUUUUAUAUGGAAAAUACGUAUAUCAAAUUGAGUUUAAUCCCCCACCUCCUAAGCCUUGCUUACCAGAAAAAAGAAUCAGAGAACCAGAAGCCUGUGAUGAUGCUGCAAAAUACUCUUAUAAAAUACCAAAAGUUGAAUCUGAUGACAUAGACAGUAAGGAACAAAUACAAGGGCAGAUAGAAAAGAAACAUAAAAAAAAUACUGAUGGUAUUUUAAAGUAUAUUAACAGGAAAACAAAUUCAGAAAAUAUGUCAGAUCAAGUUGGAGAAGGUACUUGGGAGAGUAUAAACAGUGGAGCAUUAUUAAUAUAUACUUCACAGGGUGUGGAAGGCCGUUCAAAGAUAGCUGCAUAUGAUAUGGAUGGAACUUUAAUAACAACAAAGUCUGGCUUAGUAUUUCCAAAAGAUUAUGAUGACUGGCAACUUUUAUAUUCCGAUAUACCUAAUAAAUUGAGAGAGCUUCACAAAUCUUCUUACAAAAUAGUUAUUUUCACUAAUCAAGCAUCAAUUGGAAGUGGAAGACUAAAUACUAACUCUUUCAAAAAUAAGCUUAAAAAUGUAGUACAAAAAAUUGGAGUUCCUAUGCAGGUUUUCAUAGCUACUGGAAAUAGUAUCUACAGAAAACCAGCACCUGGCAUGUGGCACAAGUUGCAAGAAUACAAUGACUCUGUGAUCAUCGAUAAAGAAAAUUCGUUUUAUGUGGGAGAUGCAGCUGGACGAAUAAAAAAUUGGGCUCCAGGCAAAAAGAAAGAUCACUCAUUAGCAGACAGAUUAUUGGCACUGAAUCUAGGCUUGAAAUUUUAUACACCUGAAGAACAUUUUCGUGGACAUGGGCAAGCACAAUACAUGAUGCCUGGCUUUAAUCCAACAGAUUUGUCAAAUAAAGAUAUUUGCACAGGAGCCAGUUUAACAUCAAGCAAUCAAGAAGUCAUUUUAAUGGUUGGAUGUCCUGGUUCUGGAAAAUCACAUUUUGUAAAGAACCAUUUAAAUCAUUAUGAAUGUGUAAAUAGGGACAGUCUUGGCAGCUGGCAAAAAUGCAUUAAAAUGAUGGAAAAACACUUAAUGGAAAAACGAAGUGUCGUUGUAGACAAUACUAAUCCUGACUGUGCAUCAAGACAAAGAUAUAUUGAGGUAGCAAAACGAUAUAACGUCUCUGUGAGAUGUUUCAUAAUGUCUAUAAGUGUUGAUCAUGCGAAACACAAUAAUAAGUUUCGAGAGUUAACUGAUCCUAGUCACGCGAAAAUCAGUGAAAUAAUUAUUAACUCUUACAUGAACAAUUAUCAAUUACCUACACUGGAUGAAGGAUUUGCAGAAAUUGUUCACAUAAAUUUCGUACCAUCGUUUCAAAAAGAGGAAGAUCGAAAACUUUAUGAAAUGUAUUUACUCGAACAUUAGAAAAUAUUUUAUUAAAAAGUACGCGUGUUUUUAUGGCACAAUGAAUUUAUAAUAAAAUUUGAUAUUUAUUCUGAACUAAUAAACGAAUCUCACUUAAGUCUA